AUGUCAGUACAUGGACCUUCCCCAUUUACCCCUGAAUAUUCGAACGAAUUAUUGCAAAAAGUCCAGAGCAUAUAUCAUGAUGAUAUAAAACAUUAUUAUCCUCAAUUAAAACUAGAAAAAUUAUUAGAUCUUCUAGAACAUACAGAAUAUUUGCUAGAGUUAUUUUUUACAUAUAAUAAAAAUAAUACGAAUAACAAAGAUGUCUUGACUGCUUUUAUAGUUGGUUGUUAUUACCUUUUCCUUAUAAUACCGCAGUCCAUUCAAUUCCAAUCCAAAAAUAAAUCGUAUGGAAUAUAUACAGAAUUGAAGAAACUGUACGAAAAUGAAACGCAUAUGACAAACGUGUUACUAAUGGUUAAAGAUGAAAUCGAAAAUGUAUUAGACAUGGAUGAAAAUAAUAAUGGGUCUGAUUUGAAUCAUAGAAUCAUUAAAAGACAAAGGGCUUAUUCAAUUUCCAUAAAUGAAUUAUCAAACCAGGUAAAAUCUUUAUCCAUAUCAAAUUCGAUUGAUCAAGAACAUAUCAAUAAUAAAACAGAGACCAGCUUGACAAAUCAACCCCCAAAUCAUCAUCUUUUACCUAUAAUAUUGCAUUGUGAUGAAGAAUUUUCCAACGAAGAAAUUAAUGCUACAGAUUUUGAUCGGGCGUCUCCGUUAUGGACUGCUCCUUCUUUAGAACCGAAAGAUCAGUUAAAACUAGCAUAUACUAACAAUACUAAUACCAAGACCAAUACUGAUAACAAUAAUGGCCAAAAAGAUAGCACAGCGAACGACUUCCCAUUUGCACCAAUUCAGAUGCCAUUUGAUAAUGGAUCAGCCCCUGAUAUACCUCCAAAGAUACCAAUAACGAAAGCAACAACAAAUAUUAUCAAUAAUUCCGAAUCUGAGAACAAUGUAAAUGAAGGAACGAUGCCAUUCACGACAUCCUCGUUGGAAAAUAUUAACAACAUUAAUAAUAUCAAUAAUUAUAAGACAAUAGAACAGACAAACCCUGACAGAGCGUCAAAUCAUCGGAAAGAUUCAUACCAUUCUAUCUAUAUGGUUGAUGACGGAAGUGCAGAUGGAAUAACUCAAUAUUAUGAUUCAAAUCCCUAUAUUCAUAGUUUGGAAAGAUUACAAAAGCAAUGCAUAAUUACUGCACAAGAAUUAUUUUCUAUUCUUUCAAAUCCCAUUGAAAAGUCAAAAUUAUUAUUAAUUGAUUUAAGAUUUCCCAAAAGAUUUUCUUCAAACCAUAUAGUGGCACCAAAUUUAAUUAUGAUAGACCCAAUGUUAUUAUGGAAUUCUAAAACAAACACGCCCAUUUAUGAUAUAACAACGUUAGAAAAUCUAUUAUAUGAACCCAAAGCUAGAAAACUAUUACAAAACAGAACUCAGUUUGAAUAUAUCGUCUUCUACACAGAUAAUAAAACCUAUAUGAAUACAAAUUUCGAUUACAGUUUUACUUUUUUCUAUUUAUUAGUCACAUCAAAGACUAACAAAAAUAUUAAAUCAGCUCCAACUCAUUUAUUAGGUGGAUAUGACAAAUGGAAAAAAGUGUUAUAUUCGUAUUCUGAACAAUAUAACUUCAAUAUGGGUGAUUACCUUUAUAAACCACACCGUCAUAGCGGAGAUAGUAUAAAACAUCAUGAUGACCUAGUAGAUUCUCAUAUUUUACAACCUCCUUCAUGGAAACCGCCAGAAUUGCCACUUCGUAUGAGAAAGAGGCCACCUCCACCACCACCUGUAGCAAUACCAACACCACCAGUACCACAUUUAUUGACCAACUCUACGUUACCCCCAAUAUCUUCCACAACUGAGCAAAGUCCGGGAAUUGUCCUCAAGACUAAGACGAUGACAGAUUUACAUUCAACAAAAUCCCAACAACAUAGAAACCAAUAUUUAACAUCAUAUCAACAUCAAGUGGAAUUGGCAAGAGACGAUGAAACGAGGAGAAAAUAUCAUCAAGAACGUGAAUCACUGAUGUUAACAAGGUCAAGGAAAUUCUCUAUACCGACUAUUGAGAAAAGCCCCAAUUUAUACGUUUCAUUAUCAAUUACAGGUUUAAGAAAUUUAGGUAAUACAUGUUAUAUCAAUAGUAUGUUACAAUGUUUAUUUGCUACACGGUUAUUCAGAGAUCUAUUUAUAUCAUCAAAAUUUCAAUCAUUCAUUAAUGAUUCUAAAUUCCCAAAUACGCCAAAGAUAUCUAAUUCAUUUAACCUUUUAUUCAAGAAAAUGUAUUUGAAUGGUGGUUGUUCUGUGGUUCCAACAUCUUUCCUGAAGACUUGCAAUAUCUUAAGACCAGAUUUAAGAAUACCAGAUGAUCAACAAGAUACUCAAGAGUUUUUGAUGAUUAUAUUAGAUAGAUUACACGAUGAAUUAUCAAAUCAACAAGAAGUGGUAAAUGAAUAUCCAAAUUUAUUAUUGUAUGAUGAAAACAAUUUAAAAGUUCAAAAUAAAGAAUAUAAGCAUUGGUUUGAUAAGAAUGUAAUUGGUAAUGGAUUAUCGCCAAUUGAUCAUAUAUUUUCAGGUCAAAUGGAAAAUUCUUUACAAUGUCAAAGAUGUGGAAAUUCUUCAUAUAAUUAUUCGACAUUUUACGUGUUGUCAUUAGCCAUACCCAAACCAUCAUCAACAACUUUUAGUCGAUCUAAGAGGGUUAAAUUGGAAGAGUGUAUUAAUAUGUUUACCAGUGAUGAAGUAUUGUCAGGUGAAAAUGCAUGGGAUUGUCCCAAAUGUGGUUCAUCUGCAUCUUCAACAAUUUCUGACUCCGAAAAACUAUUGAAUGUUACCAGUAGUAAAAAGAAAAACAUGUCUUCACAUAAUGAACAUCAUAGAUACAAAUCUAAAUUUUUCACUUUACAUACUAGAUCUCAUCGUUCUAUAUCACCUUUUAGGAAAAAGACUUCACCAGCAGCGGUACCUUCGUCUACUAAGAAUGAGCCCUGGAAAUCAAAAAAACUAAUUACCAUCAAGACGUUAAAUUUUAUUGUUCUACCACCAAUAUUGGUUAUUCAUCUUUCUAGAUUUUAUUAUGAUUUGACGAAGAAAAAUAAUACCGUUAUUACAUAUCCACUUAUAUUGAACAUUGUUUUGAAAAAUAAUGAAGUUGCCAAAUAUAGAUUGUAUGGUAUAGUUAAUCAUAGUGGGAAUUUGAUUAGUGGUCAUUAUACAUCUUUAGUCAACAAGGAGCCUAAUCAUGACUUGGGUUCGAAAAAGCAAAGAUGGUAUUAUUUUGAUGAUGAAACCGUGAAAGAAGAACGAAACCAUGGAGAUAUGGAUAAAGGUAUCUUACAAGUUUCAAGUCGCGACGUAUAUGUUCUGUUUUAUGAAAGAAUAUAUGAAUAA